UAUGUCUUUCUCAAUCCUGAGCAAAACCCUAAUCCCUAUUUUUCUUCCUCAGUAGUGUCAUUUACGCUUCUCUUCUCUGCAGCAACUAUGCCUAACCCUAAGGUCUUCUUCGACAUGACCAUCGGCGGUCAAUCUGCUGGCCGCAUCGUGAUGGAGCUCUACGCCGACGUCACUCCCCGCACCGCCGAGAACUUCCGCGCGCUUUGCACCGGCGAGAAGGGCGUAGGGCGGAGCGGCAAGCCCCUCCACUACAAGGGCUCGUCCUUCCACCGCGUGAUCCCGAGUUUCAUGUGUCAGGGUGGCGACUUCACCGCCGGAAACGGAACCGGCGGCGAGUCGAUUUAUGGCGCCAAGUUCGCCGACGAGAACUUCGUGAAGAAGCACACCGGUCCCGGCAUCCUCUCCAUGGCGAACGCCGGUCCCGGAACCAACGGAUCUCAGUUCUUCAUUUGCACGGAGAAGACAGAGUGGCUCGACGGAAAGCAUGUCGUGUUCGGACAGGUCAUCGAAGGAUUGAACGUUGUCAAGGACAUCGAGAAGGUCGGAUCCAGCUCCGGCAGGACCUCCAAGCCCGUUGUCAUCGCCAACUGCGGUCAACUCUCUUAGACGACGUUGACCCGCGGCUUUAAUCUCUGAAUCUGUGUUAUUUCUUUCGGUGUCGUUUUUGCCUUUUUUUUCUCUUCUUUUCUUUCUCGUGUCGUCGUUUAGGGGAUUGUGGUGUUAAGGAUAUCAUUUCGAAACCCUUCCCCUUUCCUUUUCAAUAUCAGUAUCAUGUGGUUGGUUGGUUGGGGUUCAUAGAGUGAGUGAAUGGAGUCUGUUAUGAGAAGCAUAAAAAAAACAUGAUGAGCUACCUUCAAUAAAAUUAGGACAUCUAUAAUUCGCCUAAUAAUACUCUUUGCUCUUCGGUUUCUA